CUACUGACCAAUUAGAAUUUUAAAUAUUUCGGCUGGAAAGGCCGAUAUGUCUGUGAGGAAACACUCUUAGAAUUUACUGAAAAUAAUCGGAAGGAGAGAGCCCCUUUGUCCACUUUUUUGUUAGAUAGGAGUUUAUUACUUUAUAGUCAAUCUGAUUCGAAGAAUAAAGCUUCCAUACAUGGCCGAAGAUGGUGGAUUAAUGUUAAAUGUUAUUAAUGACCCCGGAGCCCCAUUUCUCAGUCGAAGGAAGAAGGUUUAUCAGCGCAAGGGCUCGAGAGAUGCGGAAAGUCGGAGACAGACACAGCCUAUUGGCAGGAAAUGUCAGAUACAGCAGAACUCUAGAAGUGACUCUUCUUCACCUAAGAGUCCAAAUCAAAAAGUUCCAGUUACAAAAAGAAAAUACACGAGCAUUGAGAAACUACCUCAGUGUGAGCAAUUACCCAACCUGGCUCCAAAGAGGAGAAAGAUUAAAGAAGGUCCAGUGGAUAAAGUGGAGAUAAAAGAAGCGGCUCCUGUGAAAACCUCCUCUUUGUUUAGGAACAACCCUGACAUACCAGAGAUACCCAGACAGACAGUAAAAACGUUGAAGGAAGAGGUUUUUACAACUAACUCUUUCAAUGAGCUUAAUCUCCAUCCACACCUGGUCUCUACACUCAACAAUGUCCUCAAGCUCUCCAACAUGACCAGCGUUCAGAAGCAAACAAUUCCAGUUUUACUUGAUGGAAAGGAUGCUCUGGUACAAUCACAAACAGGCUCAGGCAAAACAUUAGCAUAUGGUGUCCCUCUGGUCCAGUCUUUGCAGUCUGUUCGACCAAAAAUCCAGCGCAGCGAUGGACCAUAUGCUGUAGUCAUCAUUCCAACCAGAGAGCUGGCCCUGCAAAGCUAUGAUACCAUUCAGAAAUUAAUCAAGCCGUUUACAUGGAUCGUACCAGGAGUACUGAUGGGAGGAGAGAAACGAAAAUCUGAGAAAGCUAGGUUACGUAAAGGUAUAAAUAUACUUCUAUCAACUCCAGGGCGACUAGUGGAUCAUAUAAAGAACACAAAAAAUACUUGUUUUACUCGUGUACAGUGGCUUAUUAUUGAUGAAGCUGACAGGUUGCUGGACCUGGGUUUUGAGAAAGAUAUCACUGUGAUAUUGAACGCUCUAAAUGCAGCACACCAGAAAAGGCAAAAUGUUCUCCUCUCUGCCACCCUAACAGAUGGAGUGAAUCGUUUAGCUGGGAUCAGUUUAAAAGAACCAGCCAAUAUAUAUAUCACAGAAACACGGCAGUCCAAACCUGUAUUUGCGACAAAAGGAAUGAGGAUCAAGCAAGAGAAUAUUGAGGAAGAUUUGGGAUGCUUUUCAAUUCCAGAGCAACUUCAACAGUUUAUAGUAAUGGUUCCCAGCAAACUGCGACUAGUUACACUUUCAGCAUUCAUACUCCAAAAAUGCAAAAUGGAAAAGAAACAGAAAAUGAUGAUAUUUUUCUCUAGUUGUGAGUCUGUGGAAUUUCACUACACCCUUUUCACAAAUGUCCUUACUCCAUAUUCUGACAGCAAGGAGCUAAAACAUUUACCUUUCUCAGCUUGUAAGAUGCUGUUUCUGCGAUUGCAUGGGAACAUGGAGCAGGAGGCGCGGAAGCAAGUUUUUCUGGAAUUUUUACAGUCAAAAAUGGGUGUCCUUCUCUGCACAGACGUAGCAGCACGUGGGCUGGAUCUGCCAGAAGUCACGUGGAUUGUUCAGUAUUGUGCUCCGACCUUGCCUGCAGAAUAUGUUCACAGAGUAGGACGGACAGCCCGAAUUGGGUCCUGUGGAAACAGUCUUCUUUUCCUCACUCCCUCUGAAGCAGAAUAUGCAAAGGUGCUUGCAUCUCACCAAAUCAGUGUCUCUGAAAUGAAAAUGGAGGGCAUCCUAUCAACACUUUUAAUGGAGUGCUUAAGAAGAAAACAAUCUGGACACAAGUUGGAUACCACUAUCUUGCAUGGAGUAAGAGAAUCAGCAACAACCUUGCAAAAAGAAUAUGAGAACUACGUCCAUUCAACCAAAGAAACCCUUCUGCAAGCCAAGAAAGCUUUGCAGUCAUUCAUUCGAGCAUAUGCCACAUAUCCAACAAACCUAAAGCGUUUCUUCCAUGUGAAGACACUUCACCUUGGACACGCUGCAAAGAGUUUUGGGCUCCGAGAUACCCCACAGAACCUCAGUAGCACAAUACAGGCCAAUCAGCCCAAGAAGAGUUUAAGACCGGGGGUAAAAAGGUCUGGCUUAGAUGGACAUUUGUUCGUUAAGAGCAAAGUGGCUUCGUUGCUGCAGUCUGAAUAUUCAAAUGGAUUUGGAGAAAAUUUUUAUAAGGUAAAGAAGAAGCAAAAACCUCUAAAAAACCGCAGACCACAGUCAGAAAACAUCUGAAGCAACUGCAAACAUCUGGGGGUACGUUGUCAAGCGUGAUGCUGUUAACCCAGGUCAAGUGACGUCAAAAUGAAGUGAACAGCCCUGAGCUGAGUCCAGCAAAUUCCUGAAUCAUCACUCUUAUCUCAGUCCUGAACUGCUGUUGUGUCUUUUCAAAUUGUGCUUAUAAAAGAGAGAAAAUUUACUUGUAACUUAUUGCAUGGAGAUGAAAAAAUGAUUUGAAUUAAUUUCACAGAAGGUGCUUUGUACCACUUAAAGCAAAUACGUCCUCCAGUCUCCUCCCAUAUCAGAUACAAACCCAGGUCCUGAAGGCGUAACUUUAGUAUUGUAAUAAAUUAUGAUGUGCAGCUGCACAUUGGAGAAGGGGAAAAAUGCUUCAUUUCAUCUGUCUGCUUGGGAUACAAACCCAGAUAUCCAAGUUAAGAGGAGCAGUGUUCUACAUCCCUACAAGGAAGGUCUGUCUGUUGCAGGACAGAGGAAAAAAGCCAUGGUUAUAAUUUUCUAAAUACUGCAUCUAAAGCAAAGAAUAACAAAAUUUACUGAUUCCAUUAUAUAAUGGAUAGCUGUGGAAUGCAGAAAGCUAACAAGCUAAAUAAUCAGAUAGCAAAGUUGUGGGUUUGUCCAGUCUGAAGAUUUGCACAAUCUUGUUUUAUUUUUCCUGCAUCUUCUUGAACUAUCAGUUUGUAGCUCUCUGCUUUGUACUGUGAGGGCUUGCCAUGGGUAUCCAGGCUGCCUUAUAUCCAAGGGUUUAUAAUCUAUUAGCUUCCAAAUUUUCAGGUCACCCAUGCAAGUGGUUUCACCUGCUUCGAGUUACUUCACAGGCAGUUUGAAGGCACCUUUUAACAAUAUUUGUAAUCCAACCUAAAAACAUACCAUCACCUGUACUGUUAUCAAUCAUUUUACCUAAUGUGGUCUGAAUUCAAAGGUCGAAUCUUUGAUUAAAAUCAAUGCCCUUUAUGAAAUGUAAAAUCAAUUGAACUGAGGUUAUAUAAAAGGAUGGGACUGACAUUUAUUGAAAUUCAAGAUGUUUUAAGAAAUAAAUUGGAAAUAUUUG